AUGACCGUUCCCCGUCAAGCAGACGUCACGGCCGGAGUGAGCGGUCAGGCAAAUGUCGACAUGCUCACCAGCGUGUCUCGUAACUUUAUCAGUGAUACUUGUACGAUCCCCACAGAUGGACAAAUGCUAGCUGCUCUUGGAGCUACCAGGGGAGAUGACGUUUAUCAAGAGGAUGAAUCGACACAAGCUUUAGAAGCUAGAAUAGCUAAGCUUGCAGGGAAAGAAGCAGCUUUAUUCGCGAUGAGUGGUACAAUGACUAAUCAAUUAUCCAUACGAGCUCAUCUCACAUCACCACCUCAUUCCGUUAUCACAGAUUAUCGUGCUCAUGUGCAUAAAAUGGAGGCGGGUGGAAUCGCAAUGUUCUGUCAAGCUACCACAGAUACCGUCGUACCUUCCAAUGGCAUACACAUAACAGCUGAAGAUAUCGAACCCCACCUUCAACUCGGGAAUAACAUUCAUUAUCGACCCACCAAGUUGUUAUGUUUAGAAAAUACCUUGAGCGGGAUGAUCUUCCCUCAAGACGAGGUGAUUAAGAUUAGUCAGUUGGCAAAGAAACAUGGGUUGAAGUUACAUUUAGACGGAGCGAGAAUAUGGAACGUGGCUGCUGUGGAGUUGGAAUCCAGAGGACUUGAUGCGAGGAAAGAGGAGGAUUUGCAAGUUGUACUUACCGACUUACUCAACCCAUUCGACUCCGCUUCUUUAUGUCUGAGCAAAGGUAUAGGUGCACCGAUCGGAUCCGCCAUUGUGGGAAGUCAAGAAUUCAUCGAAAGAGCUAGAUGGUUUCGUAAAGCUUUUGGUGGUGGGGUACGUCAAACUGGACCUAUGGCAGCAGCUGCGGAUCAUGCUCUCACUUAUCAUUUCCCAAGAUUAUCUACGACUCAUGCUUUAGCUCGGAAAUUAGCAGAAGGUUUGAAGGGUUUGGGAAUCACAAUCGUCGCUCCUGUUGAUACCAACAUGGUCUUCUUCGACCCCACUUCCAUCGGACUCAAUAUGACCGACAUUAUAAACCGUCUCGAAUCACUACCUCAACCCAUAAGGAUCAGAGGCGAGAGAUGCGUCAUUCAUCAUCAAACAUCACCACAAGCGGUGGAAGAAUUUAUCGAUACUGUCGCACGGAUGAAAUCGGAGUCAUCAGUUGAAGUAGUUGUACAGAAUGUUAAUUUAUCUAGGAAAGUGGGUGAGAAACAAGUUAAGAAAGAUUAUCGAUUGCCUUAUUAG